GGCGGUGCAGCUUGUGCGACUGGCGGUGAGUUCGGGGGCGUCGUGGUUUUCCUGCCAUGAGAUACAACGCGACGAUCCGAAUGGGAUUCUGGAGGUGCUGGAGACGCCUCCGGAUUCAGGUUCGCCUCUUCCUUGUCAAGUCGUUCAGCAAGUCGGGCCUCAGCAGCGGCACGAGCUUCAGCCAACGCGGUGGCCGCUGCUCCACCCAGAGAUUUGAGCUGAGCCAGUAACCCCACUUCCUCUUCCAGAGGACUCGUCCGUGCUGGUACUGUCGACUGAGGCCCUUCUUAGCUAUCUUUCGCUGUCGCUCCUCUUCGCCCGCAGCAGAGCCAGAAGCUUCGGGUUCGACCAGAGGAGGGAUUGAGGAAGAAGAGCCCGUCACUGGCUUAUCCAGCGGCUUCUUGGUGGUCAUCUCGAGAGCCUUCACUUCACGCGCACGGACAAGCCACGAUGAUUUGCGUUUCCCUAGAGCUGCUCCUGGUGUCGCAGUCGAUACCAGCCCAUUCGAGUUCGCCGCCUCGGUCGGCGCUCGCAUGGACUUGCGGAAUAUCAUCGGCGCCGGUAACGAGGGAAGAGAGGCGAGGCCACCAUCAACAUGGUCAUCGGAGUCCUCAGCCUCCACGACAGAUGGCAGAGUAGUAGAAGAUUGGUUCGGAGUUGGCAAACUCAUUACUUCGCGCGAGGGGCGUUGGGAGAUGACUCAGAGACAGGCUCGAGUUCGAUGGACUUGUCGUUCGUGUGGUUUGGAGAGCGCGAAAGAGGAUCGGACGCGUCUGCCGAAGCGCAGUCACCAACAGAAGCAUCCAACAAAACAGCCUCAGCUGCUAUAACACCUUCCAUGGGAGCGGUAUGGAAUGAGGAACGGCUGCGCUCGGCUUCGUCGUCCUCUGCAAUCAUAGAGAGAUCGUUUCGUUCUGCCACGGCAGGCACGAGCGCAUUUGACGACCCGGAGACCUGGUCCUCGCUGGCAAGUUGGAGAAGCACGUCCCGAUCCACCACGACGUCAAUAUGAUCCACCGCUUUCGAAUGCGGCGGCGAAGCGACAAGAGAUCCAUGAGAUGUGGAAGAUUGUGAUGCAAAGGGUUUCUCGGCCGUCUGAAGUAGAGCUCGAUGGAAGUUAUUAACAGGAGCUAUGUUCUCCUUCGAUCCAAGCUCAUCCUUGUCCUGUACUCAUGAAUAACGUUCCGGGGGGAAAUUCUGAUGGCACACCUCAAGAGACACCGUUAUUACGGACUUCAGAGUUGUACUGGACACAGGCUUCUUCAUCGGAACUCGCUUACGAGCAGGAGUUUUCACCAGGUCAAUAAGAGGGCUUCUUAAAACCCUUCAGCCAAGUCACCAGCAUAGAGAAACGGGCGAGCUCACUCUUGACGUGGACUCGCGAGGAUGUUGUCUAGAUAGUCGUUGAGGAAAUGGAGACCUUGCUUCUGUAUUUGGCCUUCAAACGCCGGCCGACCAGGAUCGUUGGCCAUAGAAAAGCGAGUGGCAUUGCACCACUCCAGUAGACCGGGGUCAGUCAUGUCCUUGCCGUUGAUGGUUGAAUCGAAGGGAUAACGCGUUGUGGCUUGUUUGUCAGCCAUCACAUGAUCGAAAUGGUAUGCACACGCGUUCGCGGAUCCUCAUCAUGAUGGCUAGACCUUGAGGCUUGAGUGACGUAGACAACAGCACUAACGAUGUCCACGCUGCCCUUCUGUUCUGCUCCUCAACAUGGAGUCCUCUCCCCGUCCCUCUGUGUCUGCCGAUGAAGAUGUUCGAGAGGACGAUGAAGUUAGCGUCACGUCGACCAAGACUGUGGACGAGAACAACAUGAGCGAACGGCAGCUCAGAGACCUGUACGACAGUGAAGAGAUCGAUCGCUUCCUAAGCCUGUUCUCUGCGUAUGUUAAUGAGGUCGAGCUACAAGAGGAAAACGAACCACCUAAUUCUCCGGACUCGUUGUGGAGCAUGGGCACAUCUGCUAUCAGUCUCCUACAACAGGGCAGUCAGCCUUCAGCAGAACCAAAUUUCGUCGACGGCAAUGACAGCUCUGAUCCUGAUGACCCCCAAACACCGGAAGUCAUUGUGCCCUCUACUUUUUCAGAGCGGAUCGCUCAGAACUUCCUUUGUCCUGUCCUGCCGCCUUCGAAAUCAACACCCACUUUCACCCUCGGAAGACUGAGAUUGACUACACAGCGGCUUUAUCUGGCCACCCUUCCUGUAUAUGGCCCGUUCUUGUCUAGUCUAGCACGACUUGCCACCUGGGAAAAUCGAUACGAAAGCUCUCUUUUCUGCUCCAUAUUUUGGCUUUUGUGGUACUACAACCUCCUUCUCCCGGCGUUGUUUUUCCGAAUGUUCUACUCCCUUCUUCGCCGGAAAAUCUUCUCGUAUCCAACUCUUGCUGAACUCAAAGCACAUCGAGAAGAGAUUGAUCGUGCCGAUGAAUUUGGACAAGAAUUCUCCACAAGAUUCUCUGCAUCAUCUUCUUUAGGUCUCAAAGAGCUGUGGCGACUGUUCAAGGUGUUCAAUAAAUCUAAGAAAUCGAAGGCGAAGAAGCUGGCUACGCGCGCUCAGAAUGUCGCAUCGCAAGAGUCGUUGCAAACCCUGGACGAGUCUGGAGAGGCGGCUCCCACCGUCUUGGAUUCCGAUGACACGAAGGAAAAUGUUGAGAAUGACCUGAAGCGGGUCGGCCUCCAAGUACUCUCCGAACUUGCCGAUCUACAUGAGCGCAUCAAGAAUAUCUUCAUCUGGCGCCGUCCUGCCUCAUCAAAGAUGUAUGGAUCGAUCAUACUUUUCCUGGCUCUAUUCACCCUCGUGAUGCCUGCCAAGUACAUCGCCAAAACAAUCUACUUUGUCGGUGGAUUUAUGUUCUGGCAUCUAGUGCCAAUCAUAGCUGCUCUGUCUCCAGCGGAUCGGUCCCGGUUGCCUCCUCCUUUCAUGGAUGUUCCCACUGAUGCAGAGUACGCAAUGGACCUCAUCUCCCAGCGUGUAGCUGCCGGUCUUGACGUCCGACCGGCCAAGAUCCGUCCAAGAGAUAAGAAGGAACCAAACAACGAAGUUGACCAGGAGGAAAACUUCGAUGCGUACCAGCCUUCGUCUCAAAGAAAGCUGGACUCCAAUUUAAAGAAGCUCGCCCAUCGUGCUGCUGUCGGAAAAGCAUGGAUCCAAGAGGGGAAACGUGCGUUGAGUCCGUCGAACGAUCAGCCCGGUGCUAGACCUCAUGCAAUCGCUGAUGCGCACACAUUCCCGGCGCAGCACUCCAAUGCACCGGGCUUGAUCACGUUGACUCCCGAUACUCUUUUCUUCACUCCUAUAUUCUCUUCCAACUCUAAGAUCGAAAUACCAGUCUCGGCUUUGAAAGGUGUCAAGAAAAAGAACGGAUUGAUGAAUGCGCUCGCGAUCACGUGGACCGAUGGCAGUGCCGUCGAUAGAGAAGAAAAGUUCAGAUGGCUAACUCCCUCUUCCAAAGCCCCAAAAGUCGUGCGUGUCACUGGCGCGUCGUACACGUUCUCUGCCGAUAUCUGCAGCAUCAUGUUCUUCUCACCCGAGCUGCUGGCCAAGCGCGACAGCGGUUUUGGUCUUCUCUGGCUGGCCGCGACAUUGGGGGCCAAGUCGACGUUCAAGAGGCUUCCAAAGCGUUCGGUCCUGACAGCAGACAUCGCUCAGUUGUGCGACUUGAUCGCGGAGCCCUCUGAGCCUUUGGCUCUCAGUAAUUUAAUGGUCGGAGUAGCACGUGUUUAUAAAGUGAAACAAGAGAUCUUCUACACCGACGUAACCCACUGCGUCACGUCACUCAAGAAAGUAGUGCAGGAGAUCCAGUCUGCAGCCACAUCUGGAACAUCAAUGCAGAUGGCGCAGCCGACCGCCAAACAUUCAGCGUUGACUCUCUCCAAAGAUCCACGAGCUGCGUUCCUCAUGGACUUCGAUGCUCUCGUUGCGGACUGGGACGAAUUCCUGAACAUCGGGAACGAAGCAGAUGGCGAUGAAGAUUCCGGCGACGAGUUCGAUCCUAAAGCAAAGUCUGGCAAGGCUAAACCGAAAUCAAAACUCAAGGCACAGCCGUUGCCAGCUGAGGACGCCAGGGCUGACAUGUACACUUUGAAGGAGCCUGAUCUCAUCCUUUCCAACUCCUUCGAUCUUUCCUUCCAUGCGAACGGAGGAGAACCUUCUUCGUCACAAUUCGGUGGAGGCUUCGACAUGAACGACGCGUUUUCGGGUGGAGCGGAUAUUCUGGAUCUGGGACUAGAUAUCAGUGAUGAACUGGCGAAAGAAUUGGGAGAAGGCUGGGGCACUCUUCCCGAUCAACUGAAUGACAUGAUGAUUGACGAUCCGUUUCGCAAUAACGAGCUUGACGUGCCGAUGGACAUAGACUUUGGCGUUCAAGACCCUUUUGAUAUACCAUUUGAUCCCACUCCGAGAAACCAGUCGAUGCCACCCGCAACUCCUAGAAAGAGAAAGCAAGGCGACACUGAGCGCAAUAAAGAGAAUCUGCUCCCUUCCAAUUUGAGGCAGACGCCAAACAGGGGACUUUCCAAGAGUCCCGCACCAACAUUUUCGCAGCAGCUGCUAUCGCAGGACAGAGAAGAGGCGCAACUCCCACUGCAAGAUAUCACCGAACAGAACAGGGAGCCAGGCAAUAGGGCAACAAAGAAAGUGAAGAAAACUAGACUUCUGUUAGAUGCUCGCACAGAAUUGACCGACGAGGAACUGAAGCUUGCUCGUGCCGAAUACUUGAAAGGACAAACGAUCCUUCGACGUGAAUUGGAGCAAAAGAAAGCAGAGAAGGAUGGUGCAAAGAUUUUAGAGGAGCUGAUGUGGGGAGUUCCUCGCGGAUUGCAAGCAGAGCCGCUUGUGGAAUUCUGGCAGGAGAACUUCAAGGUACAAGUUGAAGCCAGGACGGGUGUCGUAUUCCUCCAUCCGAACGAUGAGCCACCAAGAAAGCGACGCAAGAUCAGAGGUGAAGCUAUGCAGGAAGACGCGGACAACGAUCGGCCAGAGGAUGAAUUGAGGGACCGGGCUCUGGACUAUGGCGAUUUCAACAUGAAUGAAAUGGGAUUGGAACUGGAUUUGGGUGGACGUAACGGCACUCGACCGCCGUCGCUUACGGGAGACAGAUUCGAGCCGCCCGCUUCUGGAUCACAACGGAGCUCUCUGUUCCCUUGGGACAACGCGGGUGGUGUCUCGUCUAGCGCCGGCGGAUUUGGACCUAUAGGGAGCGAUCGUGUCAGCAUCGAUCGAGCGGACAUCCGGAUGAGAGGCAGCUCUCAAAGCCGUAGGGAAAGCUCGCUUAUUCCCAGCCAAACGGGAAGCGUGAUCGACGGACUCGAGUUCUCGCCGAGCGCCGCGAAGAACGUGGACGAUUAUGAGUUCGAUGUGGGCCAUCAGGGAGAGAAUUCCAUCGACGAGUCGCAGCGCUCGGAGAUGAACUUGAUCACCUUGGAGAGAAAUUCAUUCAAUUUUCUGGAAUAUGUUCGGAUGCAGCAGCAAGGCCUCCCCGGAACUGUGAAAGAUCUGAGCUUCGACGGGGUCGUGCCCAUGGACACUAGCACCCGCCAUGUAGCGGCAGCGGCCUUUUACCACUGUCUGGUGCUGGCGACUAAGGAUUUGCUGCAUCUCAAGCAGAAAGAGCCAUACGGACAGCUCCGGCGUGCAUAUCGUCGUCUCCCCACCUUCCCUCUCCAUCGCAAUCCGCCCUUCCGAACGCACAUGUCGUCUCCCGCCGUUCUCGCCGCAAAGGCGGCUCUUGCCAGCAUCGAUCUGUCCAACUAUGACCCCGAGCAAUCCCGCCUGAUGGACGAGCGAUGUAUCCUGGUCGAUGAGGAUGACAACGCCAUUGGCGCGAUGGACAAGAAGACGUGUCAUCUGAUGGAGAACAUCAAUAAGGGCUUGUUGCACCGAGCGUUUUCCGCGUUCGUGUUCCGCCCCUCCGAUGGCAAGCUGCUCUUGCAGCAGCGCGCGACGGAGAAGAUCACGUUCCCGGACAUGUGGACGAACACCUGCUGCUCGCAUCCGCUUGAUGACUUUGAGAUCGAAAAGGUGGAGAAGGAACAGCUGGGAGUGCGUGCUGCGGCCUCGAGGAAGCUGGAACACGAGCUCGGCAUCCCGACGAGCCAAACACCUGUCGACGAAUUCCAAUAUCUCACCCGCAUACACUAUCUUGCUCCAUCCAAUGGAAUGUGGGGCGAACACGAAGUCGAUUACAUUCUCUUCUUCACUGCCGACGUAACUGUCACUCCUAAUCUGAACGAGAUUCGAGACUACAAAUAUGUCGACAAGGCUGAGCUACAAGCAAUGUUCAAGGACGAAUCCAACUCGUUCACACCUUGGUUCAAGCUCAUUGCGCGAGACUUUUUGUUUGGGUGGUGGGAUGAACUGCUCGCCCGGAAGAACGCUGAGGGUUUAGUUGUUGCGAAGAGCCUGGCAGGUGUUGCCGAUGGUUCCAAGGUCUUCAAGAUGUGAGAUGCGAUGAUAUAUGUACAAGUUGGAGCCCAAUCCCGAAUCCCAAGUGCGAAAAUUA